AUGCCUUCCUCCACGCUUUCAGAACCAGCCGGAGAGCCCGAGUUCUUCUUCCGAUCUCUGAAUCCCACAGGGACCGAAACAAUUUUAUUGAUCCACGGCGCAUUUGGCAGCAGCAAAGAAUGGGACGACGUGGUACCCCCGCUCAUUAAAAAUGGCUACCACGUUCUCAUCCCGGACCUUCCUGCACACGGGCAAUCCGUAGCGAUCCAGCCUUUCAAAGUCGCCUACGCGGCCCAGUUGAUCUUGGAGCUAGUCACCAAGUAUGCCCAAAAUGGCCGUGCACACAUCGUGGGCUUGAGUCUAGGCGCACACAUUGCCGCCUACAUGGCCGAAUACGGAAGCCCCGACCAGGUACUGUCGGUCAUCGCGUCGGGAUAUAAUUAUUUCCAACCACCCCAGCUCACGGUACCGCUUUUUGCACCACCACUUUUCUUCCUGCACCAUUUGACCAUGGCCGUUACGAAUCCGCGGGCGGAGAUCGCGGCUCUGCAGAAAGGCGAAACAUCCUAUGGGCUAAUUGAGGAGGUGACGAGAACGAUCGUUCAGCCGCGGGAAAUUGGGGACAUCCAUGUGCGCCUUUUGGCAGUCGCGAGCGCAUCAAAGGACACUUGGCUGGCAAGGGAUCGUCUCGGGAGCUCGAAAACUCUAUUUGAAGCCGUCAUUGGUGGACAUGAGAAUGGAAGUCGCGCUGUGAUGCACCGUGGCAUCAGACAUAACUGGCAUGCAGAAGAACCGGCGCUGUUUGGGGCGUUGGUACUUGCGUGGGUUAGGGGCGAGCCGUUGGAUAGUAAUUUUGAGGACAUUGAAUAG